ACCCUCCUCUGCCCCCGACUCUCCUGCUCUUAUAACCCGCGUGCUCAAGGGCGGCCGGGACACUCUACUCCUCCGAGCCAGCCACAGGUCAGCAAGCCGGAGCCGCGCGCAUCCCCUUCCGAGGCCGACGCCAGCUCGCAGGCAUGGCCCCCGCAGCGGCUUCGGGUGGUAGCUCCCUGCCCAGUGGCUUCUCGGUCUUCGCCACCUUCCCCGACUUGCUGUUCAUCUUUGAGUUUAUCUUCGGUGGCCUGGUAUGGAUCCUGAUCGCCUCCUCCCAGGUGCCCAUCCCCCUGAUCCAGGGCUGGGUGAUGUUCGUGUCUGUGUUCUGCUUCGUGGCCACCACUGCCCUGCUGGUCAUGUACAUCACUGGCACCCAUGGUGGGGAGACUUCCUGGAUCACCCUGGAUGCAACCUACCACUGUGUGGCCGCCCUGUUUUACCUCAGUGCCUCAGUUCUGGAAGCCCUGGCUACCAUCAUGAUGUACGAGGGCUUCACCUACAAGCACUACCAUGAAAACAUCUCUGCCGUGGUGUUUGCCUAUGUGGCUACUCUGCUCUACGUGGUCCAUGCUGUGUUUUCCUUAAUCAGAUGGAAGUCUUCGUAAAGUGGAAGAACAGGAACAGGAAACCCAGAUAGCACUGACUGAUCAGCACAUCUUCUAGCAUAAUUUCUAGAGCACA